GUCCCAUUGUAUGUGACUUUUCUUACCAGGUGUGUGGUGAAACUACAUUCACGUGAUACACUGUACUGUGAUUUGAUUUAGGGAAAACGGUUUUUCCCUAGAGGUCUGUUAUAUAACACCUCGUAUGCAUGCUGCUGCAGAUAUAUGUGGCCUGUAAGAGAAGGGAAAAGUUGCAAAUAGGCUUCGAAUCUUAAUCUUAAGUUGUAUAGUCGCUACAAAAAUAGUAUAAAUUGAAGUUCCGGUCAUAGCAUUGUACUGCAGUUCCCAGCAUUCAUUGCUCAAGUGAUAUACACCCCUUUGAGCAUGUGAUCGGUAGAUGAUCCAACCCCGUGGCUCGUUACAACUGCAAAGCGAAGUCGCGUUUGUAAGAAGCAAUGGCGACGGUCUAGACGAAGAAGGCAGCAUUUCAAAGCUAAAAUCGACCAUACAGCGGCAGGACAUUCGGUGUUGAAAUUCAGGUAUGCAGUACGGGAUAAAAAACAAUCCUGAACGGGCACGGGUUGCGCAGCACCAUCUCUGAGAAAAGUGGGGUUGAAAAUGUUUAAGCAGACAGUCCAUUAAUGGUUUGUAAUACCAAGUGGAACAACUAGCCUUCAACCCCCGUUGGCCGAAGGGCCAGAAAUGCGCCUCCAGAACCAAGGCAAAAGGAGAACAACAUCGGCGGUACACAGUACUGUUUGUCGUUAGCUGUCCAGCUCAAUGUACAGCCAGAACACAGACAAAACGUGUAUCUAGUGUCGGAAUAUGUGUAAAAUUCUAAUAACACAGCAUGCAAUACGAGUAAAUAUUGAAAGGUACGGGACUACGGAGCGCUGUCACUGCCGGUCACCUCAUGCACAGCCGUAGUGUCAGUCCCAACGAAAGCACUUAUUGACAAAAACAGCAGAAUGCACUGACGCGCCCUUAUAAACCACCAUAAAAUCUUUUUACAGCUGUUUCGAUCAAGUAGUUAAGAUAAAGCCAUUUUUUUUCCUGCAAUACAAUUUUUCUGUCUGCAGUACAAUAUUUUAAUUUAUAAGCCUACCUUAAACACGAGAGUACAAUUGGUUCAUUUCCAGUUCAGUUCAAGCAGGCGUUCAGACUGUCUUCCAAUGGAAAGUGCCCUGGUGGACACUGGCAUGGUGAUGGCUCCCACAGCAUCACAGAACUCAGCCGCCCUCAGUCUGGGCACGAAGUCACGGGACAGAAGGAAGACCCCCGCUUUCCUGUCAAACCUGGGCAAAGCCACCCUGCGCGGGAUUCGCAGAUGCCCCCGAUGCGGGGUCUAUAACGGCACCCGUGGCCUGAGCUGCAAAAACAAGGCAUGUGGGGUGGUUUUCCGCGACGGCGCAGCAGGGGCAGGUGGCAGGGCGGGGUUGAAGAAAGGGGCCGGCGAGGUGGUGCGGCUGGUAAUAAAUGGGGAUGGCGGGGGAGGGGGGACGGCGGUGACUCAGGUAUUCUCCCUGCGCCAACGAGGGAGGGGCGCGGAGCAGCGUGGUUUCGUGGAGCUGACCGUGACAGACACGACCAUUGCCACGGAGGACGGCACCGUGCUCACGCGCAUCAGCCUCGGCCGCUGCUUUGUGCCGGCGUGCCUGCGGGGGCAGGGCCAGGGUCAGGGACAGGCGCUGAGCCCGGAGCAGGCUGCCGGUACAGGACAAGGGCUGGACCCUCAGCAGCAGCAGCCCGAGAGCCCCUGCGUGCACGUGAAGCGCGCCAUGGAGUGCCAGACAGAUGCCACCCCCCUCCCGCUCAAGAGCUCGGUGCUGGACUCCAUGCAGGCCCCUGUCUGGGCCAAGGAGGAGGUGUGGCAGCUGGCCACCGAGUCGGCGAGCCCCCUGGUCCAGCGCGUGUCCCGUGGCACGUUGGUGGUUAAGUGCCACAUCAGCGAGCAGCACCCACUCGGGCUCCUGCACGUCACCGUGGGUUCCGUGCCGGGGGCCACGAAGGCCGACCUCCCUCUCCGCGAGAGGUCGCUAGCAGACUUUCACUGUGCCUGUCAAGCUGUGCACCCAAGGAUAGGAUUCGGGGUUCGGGAAAAUGAGGAGCAGGAGAGCCAGCUGCCUCCCAACAAGCCCCCUGCACCUCCUGUUUCCUCCUCCUUCUCAGCCCAGGAACCCUGCCUCCACUUCUACGCAUGCGUAUGCGCCAUUGCCAGCGAUGACAAGCUGGCUGCUGAGUUCGCUGACUUCCUUGGCUGUAGCUACAAUGGUGGCCAGGGGAACGCUGACUGCUCUGUCCUCAGUGCACCUAAUCCCCUGCGGCCAGCCGAGCCUGGCACCCCCAACAGGGCUAAGAGGGUGAGAAUCAACGAGACCCUCACAGGUGUCCGGGAGACCCAUUUUCCCAGCAACCUACGCAGACCCGCUCAGAGGAAACAUCCCAUUUCUGCCGCUCUCAAGAGCACCGGAGGCAGCCAGCCUGUGGACGAGGGCCAUGUCUCCCUCUCCUUCCAGCAGUGGCUCGCCAGCGUCACCGAGAGGAUCCACCAGACCAUGCACUUCCAGUUCGACGCAGGAAAGCCAGAGCCGCUGGUGUUCCACAUUCCUCAAGCUUUCUUCAAUGCCUUGCAGCAGAGGCUCUCGCUGGGCUCGAAGAAGAGGAGGCUGCCCAACUCCACCACAGCCUUUGUGCGGAGCGAUGCCCUCCCCCUGGGCACCUUCUCGAAAUACACCUGGCACAUCACCAACCUUCUGCACGUCAAACGGAUAUUCGACACGCCCGAGCUGCCUCUGGAGCUCACACAGAGUUUUGUGAAGAACCGCGAUGGCUCCUAUUCGCCUUUCCGCUGUCCAGAAGUGCUGCCUGACCCCGUGGCUGAUGGUCAUGGUCGAUCUGAGCGACCGCAGGCAAUCCGACCUCUGGAGCUUCGCACCUUCCUGAGAGUAGGGACUUCGACACCAGAACAGAAGGGACCCACUCCCUUUGUGAUCGAGUGGAUUCCGGACAUCUUGCCCCAGUCGCGCGUUGGUGAACUGCGGAUCCACUUCGAAUAUGGGCACCAGCACGGCACGCAGCCAGAGUCUGCUGGGAGUCCCGGGGCAGGCGGGGCCCCCAGGGGGCGGGCCGGGCCUGACGCCAGCCAGUCACAGCCUGCGCCGACCAUCGAGAUCUUACGAGUCGUCGUCCCGUGAAGGACUCAUUACAUGAUGAUUAGGGGAUGAACUUUAUUUUUUAAUGACCCAGAGGCUGGCAUGUUGUGUGUAUUUAGUGAGGACUGAUGCAGCAGCUCAGACUCACCAGCUGUUGUCAUGGUGACGGCACACAAGCUUCACUUCGGUUCGAUUUCCUGGAUGGUUUGUACAUGUAUCUUUAAAUGCUUUAAGUGUUCCUCCAUUAAUCUGAGUCACUCCAGUGCUGCAGAGUAUUUAAACUAUUGCCAUGUUUCUAUGAAAUGAGUUUCUCACUAGGGGAGCUGGAGCAAAAGUGUUUUAACGGGCCGUCAUGUGGCCUGGUACUCACUGCUGUGGCUGACCGACUCCCAGGAGAUGCUGCCGCUACCUCGACAUACCUGCAGUGCCCCCUAGUGUUCACGACCAAAGAAUAAAAGUGAGAAUUUUGCCAAA